AAGAGAUAUAGGGAAAUGAGGAGGCAAAAGGAAGGAGGGCGCAUAAAGCAGACAGGUGGGGUCCAAUCCAAUCCACCCAUCUUUCUCUUUCUCAUCUCUCUUUCCUUUCAUUUCCUUUCCUUUCCUUUCCCAUUCUCAUUUACUUCCCUUUCACAGCACCCCCUAAACUCAAACAUUCCAAAUACCAUCUCCAUUCUUAUAUCCUCCCUCCUCCUCCUCCUUCUCCUCCUUGUCUUCUUCUUUUUCAUGCAACUUGUAUUGGGUGGCGGCGGUGGUGUUAAGACAUCCUCCAUGUCGACGGUGUCCGGGGAGGGCAAUACUGCUAUGUCAUCUGAGGAUUCUUCUAGCCCCGAUGAGGCUGAGCUCGAGCUCGGUCUUGGCUUGAGUCUUGGUGGUUUCAAGGCUCAACAAACAGCGGUCAAGACUAAAUAUGCUAGAAUUUUGACUGCUAAGGAUUUGCCUUCUGGUGUUUCUACUUCUUCUUCUUGUACUUCAUCGUCUUCUUCCACGUUGAGUAGAGCUAACGCCACGGCUGGGACCAAGAGGAGUGCUGAUUCUGUCUCUGCCCCUAAUGGUGCUUCCAGUCAAGUUGUUGGUUGGCCUCCAAUAAGAGCUUAUAGAAUGAACAGCAUGGUUAAUCAGGCAAAGUCAGUGGCCACUGAAGAAUAUAACUCAGUAAUUGGAAAAAAUAAAAAUAAUACUGCUGUGCUGGAUAAGACUAACAAUGGAAGCAACAUGAACAGCAAUAAUUUCAAGGUCAGGACUUCCUUCUUUGUUAAGGUGAAUAUGGAUGGGAUUGCCAUAGGAAGAAAGGUUGAUCUUAAUGCUUCUGGGUGCUAUGAAGCCUUAGCCCAAACCUUGGAAGAUAUGUUCCUUCGACCCAUCCCAACCAUUAAUGCAAUGCGAUCAAGUGCACCAGAGCAUAAUCUAAUGGUAGAUGCAACAAGAUGCCCAAAAUUGCUGGAUGGUUCAUCCGAGUUUGUGCUCACCUACGAGGACAAGGAAGGGGAUUGGAUGCUUGUUGGAGAUGUUCCUUGGGGGAUGUUCCUUAGCUCUGUGAAGAGGCUCAGAAUCAUGAGAAGAUCUGAAGCAACUGGACUUGCUCCAAGGUUGCAAGAAAGGAAUGGGAGACAAAGAAGCAAGCUUAUCUAGGCUUUUCCCUUAAACUUGAGUUAGAUGAAGAAAAUCUAUGGCUUGAAGAGUGAUAUACAAAGGAGAAAGUGAUAAUAAUGAAAGCAUUUUAAAAUAGUACUGACUGGUUUUCUGCUGCAUUGAGUUGGCUUUUUGGUUGCUGUAUUUUCCUAUCAUGAUAAAUUUGUUCAUUCUUGUUCUACCUCAGAAAAUGCUAGCCUCGCUUUUUUUUUCCCAACACAACCACUUUCACUUUUCCGUGUAGUAUGCUCAAUACUUGCAUAGUUCAGUGAAUGCUAUUUGCUAAUCCUGUAAAUUCCAGUGUGCUGAAUUGCUUUCUCAUCUUUGUGAAUGCAAAGGAUAUUCAUGUUCUUGAAA